UUUGAUUCCAAAUUCAUGGCCUCCAACUCAAAAGGACAAAUCAAAUCAACGCCGACACCGUUAACUGACCAAGAGAUCUCCCAAAACUACUCCCGGAUGCAAAAUGAGCUCCAGUCACUUGCAGGAAAGAUCGGAGAGCUUGAACAAGAAUCAGACGAGCACGGACUUGUAUUAUCAACGUUGAACGAAGCGCUAGCGGCCGAUCCACACCGAAAAUGUUUCCGUCUCAUCGGCGGGGUUCUCGUCGAGCGGACUGUUCAAGAUGUAGUACCAGCGCUUCAGACAAACCGUGACGGAAUCAAGAAGGUUUUAAGCAGUUUAAGCGAGCAGUACAAGUCCAAGGAAGAAGAGUUUGACGCCUUUCGGAAAGAAUACAACGUUAGACCAGUCGGGGCAUAG